AUGGGAACAUUUGAUGCGAUUCAUGACUUUAAUGUUAAAAAUCCAACAACACAAAUUAAUAUUAGAGCAGGAAUUAACACUGGUUCAGUAAUUGCAGGAGUGAUUGGAACUAAAAAGUUUGCUUAUGAUUUGUGGGGUGAUGCAGUGAAUACAGCUUCUCGAAUCGAAUCAACAUCACUCUCAGGAAGAAUUCAAAUCAGCAGAUCGACCUAUGAACGUGUUCAUGAUUUGGGAUUUGAAUUUGAGGAACGUUACAUUGAAGUUAAAGGAAAGGGAAUGACCACUUGUUACCUCCUCAAUGACAAGCACCACACAAAGCCAUUACCAACUCCAGAGGAGAUUGAAGACCUAGCUGAGAUGUCAGAGCCAGUUCCACAACAAUGGAAGAGAAAACAAGUAGACGGUAUAGAGGAAGAAGUAUCAUUACCACUGAGGAGGCUCGCCAAGAAAUGA